GUUUGAAACCCUACCGGCCACCCGGUUCUCUCCACGCAUUCCCAACAAGAGCUUAGAAGAGGAUUAUGUGGCGCUCGUAGCAUAGCUGAUCUUGUUAAAGUUGUAGAUCUGUCGAUGGAUGAGUCAGUAUCGUCGUCACGGGAUGCGGCACCGCAGCAGCGAGAUGCGCGCAAGGAGUACGUCGUCCAGGUCAUCAUCAGCGUGCUGAACAUCCCCCGCCAGCAAUUCCGCAGCAAUGACGCCAGCAACAAGGCCCUCGAGACCUUCCUCGACGACCCAUCUCUCCGGGUGCUGCAGGCCUUCGAGGCCGACAAGGUGGCUGGCGGGGCCCGCAAGGUGCAGAUGGCGACUUCCCUGGAGCACUACCAGAGCGAGGCCAACGAGAUGCACUUCAUCAAGGCCAACUUCGACCCCCUCACCAUCGACAACAUCGCAUCCUGCCUCAUCGUAUCCACUCUCCGAGCCGACCCUCUGAGGGCCCUCUCCUCCUCACUGCAGGAGGUCUACGUCCCCCUCCUGCUUGGCAAGUCCAAGUGGGCCGAGCGGCUGGAGAGCAACCUGGGCGGCCUGGUCCACGAGCUGUCGGCCGGGCUCACCACGUGCCUCAGGAAGGGCACCGGGAGGGUGGCUGGGACGCCCGACGACUUCUCGGGCGUCCUGACACCGCUCGACGAGAUCCGUUUCUGGAUGGACUACGGCCAGUCGUCAGCGGCAGACGCAAGCAAGAUCUCCGACGCCCUCUCGCCCCUCGCCAGCCACUUCGAGAAGGACCUGCGUGAGCUGACCUUCGCGCAGCUGUCGGACCUGAUGGACACGGUGAUGGAGGCACUGGAUCAGAUAUGGCAGCUGCCCACGGGCGGGGCGAGGGUCGAGUACAGCGAGGACCGCAUGCGACACUUCCUCGAUGUGCUGGCCGGGGCGUUCGGCCGCUGCGUGCAGUCCAAGCUCGGCAAAUACGACGUCUGGAGCGCUCUCAGGGGAGGCAAGGAGGACGGGACAGGGACGGCCAGCCAGGACUUCGCCAAGGAGCAGGCGCAGAUCACAGUGCAGCUGCGGGAUGGCCAUCGUGUGUGCGACAAGUGGAAUGAGACCGCCAUGGACCUGACGAGCAGUCUUUGGAAGGGCGGGGCGGGCAAGGGCCGCGUAUGGCGGGGGAAGCCCUAUCGCAAUGACAUGCUGUCGCGGCUCGCUGAGCGCAUCCAGGCCAUCCAGGACCUCCGCAGCCAGCACGAGCAGAUCCUGCAGCUGGGCGAAAAGGACGAGGUGCAGAAGGUGCCCAACCUGGCGCCGCGGUUCGAGCCCUUCAGGGGCAUGGCGGCCUUCUCGUGCAACGACUACACCAAACCACUCUGGGAGGCAACAUUGAAGGUAAAUGCGGGCGAUGGGGCACGGGCGCCGAGCCGAACGUACAUGUGUUAUGUGUUCAUGUGUCGUCUUUCAUUCUCAGGAUUAUGAGAUGGCGAUGCAGCCGUUGGAGCAGCGUGUGGCCGUCCGGCUGAGGCGCGAGCUCUUUGGCAGCGGCGAGGCGAUGGCGGACCCCGCGCAGUCGGUGCGUCAGUUCCUGCGGUUCCAGAGCUUGCUGGAGCGCCCCAACAUCCGGAACGCCCUCACCAACGAGCGCGAGAGGCUGCUGGCAAAGAUCAGCGACCUCAUGGAGCGCAUCCGCAACGACAUCGAUGCCCCCGACGACAUCAAACUACCACCUGUCCGCACGCAAACACAACGACUGAAUGAGAUGUGGAAUGCAUGGCAUCGUGUGUGUGUGUGUGUGUGUGUGUAGGCUCCUGGUAUGUCAUUGGGUGUCCGUCGUAGCAUCUGGUGUGAGCAGCUGCGGUCCCGCGUGGAGACGCUCAUCAGGCCCCUGCAGACAGCAGCGCUCAAGGACCUCCCAAACGCAAGCAGGGUACGUCUGCAUACGAUGCGGAUCCAACAUAAAGCUACCCACAUUGAUGGGCGUUUUGUGUGUAUGCGUCGCGCCUGCCUGCCUCUCUGGGUGCAGGUGUUGUCUGACGGCCGCAGCCUGCGUCAGAGUCUGAAGGAGGUGCGGACGUCGGCCUUCAAGGAGUGGACUGAGGAGGUGCAGGGGCGGCUCGCUGACACGUCAUCACCCGUGGCCCUCGAAACACACGGCAAGGUACACAGAAAAGAACAAACGUCCUCAAGCAACAUACAUACACAUGGGAUGUGUUGUGUGGGCUGGCUGGCUCUGGUUGUGUGCAGGUGAUGGACUUCGAUGCCUCACAGCGCGGCGCGCUGCGUGUGCACUAUCCCGAGCGGCUGGUGGUGCUGCUGCGGGAGACCCGCCACUUCACACAGAUGGGCUUCGCCGUUCCGAAGGCCAUCAAACAAGCCGUCGAUGAGGGCAACCAAUUCUUCCGGUACAUACGCAGGAAACAAGAGGGCGGACACACUCGUGUCUGCUCGCUGCCAUGCCAUGCGUGGUGAUUCCUGGGUGCAGGUUUGCGGUUCAACUGAAGCAGGUGGCGUACUUCUACAACCACCUGAGUGGCGACAUCCUGCCCUGCCAGAAGCCCAUGGUGCUCCAGCCGGCACUCGCCUUCGAGCAGCUGUUCGCCGACAAGGCCGCCGGAGGACACGGCAAGGCGGGAGGCGACGCCAGCCUGCGGCGGGUCGUGUGGUCAAAUGUCACCGAGCUGGAGGACUUCACCAAACGGGUGGGUGGGUGAGAAGGCAGCAGAGAAAGAAGUCACAAAUGAUGCGGUGCGGCGCAGGUUGUCACCUCUGUGUGUGUCGUUUGCUUGUGUGUCAGGUCAAGGUGGGGGCGGAGAAGCUGAGCAGCCUCAACAAACGCCUCCGGACCACACACAGCCAGGUCGUUGAGUGGAUUCUACUCACACACAAAAGAACCCUCCGCUCCGUGCUGUGUGUGGGUGCAGAUCGCCAGCCAAGUAGCUGAGUUGGGCGGCAUCAGUUUGCUGCGGCAGCGUGACGUGUGGAAGACUCGCCUGGCCCAGAUACUCAAGGUCAUCGACGAGACCGCCGCCGUCUGCAACUGCCAGGUGAACGAUGACGGCUCUGAAGGGCGGAUGUCACACACACAGGUGAGUGUCGCACUCUUUGAAUGACAUUGGUCAGCCCGAGGACGUGUUGCCGUGGAAGGCCCACUGGGACCAUCAGAUAUUCAAAGCCAUGGAGGUCAGCCACAUACUGCAGUGGAUCCACUGCAGUGCACCACCACCAUCAUCCCUCUAUGUGUCCACCGUGUGCAGAUUCAGUAUGCCUUUGGCCUGGAGAGCCUCAACGAACAGAUAUCUGAGAUCAAAGCCGAGCUCACAUACUCAUCCAAACAGCUACAGGUACGUGGGCAUCAAUCAAGGCAGACAGAGAGCAACAAACACACGACUGACAUCUGCCCCAUCUGCCUGUGUGUCGACUCGACAGUUGCGUCCGCCUCUCGAGGAGCUGAGGGCGUCGUAUUACAAGGAGAUCCGUAGCUUCAUGGGUCUUCCUUUGACCUUCAAGGGCCUGGAGGGUGCCCCCCACAUCUUCAGGACCAUACCCGAUCGCAACCUGCAGGGCCUCCAGGCCGUAUUCGACAAGGGAGAACAACUCCUCGAAAAAGGUCAGGGAGGGAGUGGGUGACGCAGGGGAACGCACUCACUCAUGGAGUGUCUACCUCUCUCUCUCUCUCUCUCUGGGUGUGUGUGUGUGUGUGUGUGGCGGUUCCUUCAUUCAGUCGGCGCAUUGCAGCACGAGCUGAUGGAUUGGAUGGUGGUAGGCGGCGUGGCCGAUAUCGAGGCGUUUGUCGAGGAGCGCGUGCAGAGCGUGGCCGACUUCGACGCGAACCUAAAGACCAUCAAGGUGACCUGGCCUGCCAACACACAAACACACACUGCGCACACGCGGUGCUCCUUUCCACUCGUUUGGUUCCUUUAGUCGAAACGCAAGGAGAUCGAGAAGGUGCCCGACGCCAUCAAGAUCGACUGCGUGACCGUGUCGACGAUCCUGUUCAAGUCGGUGUUCGAGCAGCACCUCGACCGGCUCACCGACGCCCUGCUGCUGUCCAUCAAGCGCCAGACCAGCAAGGACAUCAGGGCCGUCAUGCAGUACGUCGACGAGGCCCUCGACAAACUCAAUGUCAGACCCGGGACCGUCACGGAGCUCGGCAAAGCACAGGUCAUAUCAGAGAGGGAGAGGGGAGUGCAUGUUGAUUGAUAUCAUUGUGUGUGGAUGCGAUGCAGAGUGAGGCCUUGGCAUUGGCCAACAAGCAGCAUGAGUACCGCGCCAUCCUGGACAGCAUUGAGGAGAAGAACCGGGUGUUGCGGACGGCCUCGGCGGGACUCGACCUCACAGACCUCCAGGCCAAGUGGGAAGAAUUCCAGGUGAGUCGGUUGGUGGAUGACACACAGGAGGGAUACCAAAGCGACGGGUGCACUUCAGCCAUUCUCCUUUUGUCGGACCGCAGGUGCGUCUAGAUGCGUUUGGUUCGUUUGCGAGUGAGCUGCGCAACGAGCUCAAGGACAAGAUGGACUCGCGCAGGAAGGCCAUCAUACUCGAAAUCGAGAAAUUCGCAUCAAGGUCGGUCACAUAAAACACACACGCAUGCACGCAGACACACACGGGGCAGAAGGUCUAUUUGUGUGCCUCGUGCGUGUGUGGGUGGAUGUCUGCAGAUGGAAGGCGUUGAAGCCCAAGACAGCGGAGCAUCUGUCGCUUGACGAGGCGCGCAAGAAUGCCGACAAGAUGAAGGAGUGGCGCAAGGAGUGGGAGGUCAGCCAACAAUCUAUCCGCCGCCCAAUGGCCGGCACAAUCUAUGUGCUCUCUUGCCUCCGUGUCUGUCUGUCUGUCUGUCUGUGUGUGGUCAGGGCUUGCAAGAGGGCGUCCAACAGCUGUAUGCCGACUGCGAGCACUUCAGUCUGCCCAGGCUAGAACUCGCCGGCUACCAGGAAGUCGAGAAUGACCUCACCAAAACGGUCAGACAGACGAAUACGUGAAGACAACACCACACCAUGCUCUGGAUGCAUGUGUGUGUGUCGCCAUGGCUCUCUCUGCGUCAGGAGCGUUUCUGGUCGCUGUUUGAGAGCUUUGCGAGCGGCCUUGAGGAGAUGACCUCUCAGAUGUGGCUCGAGUUCCGACCCACCCUGCACAAACUGCAGGUAGGUAACCAUCCGUCCCCGCCUCCAUCCAUCCAUCCAUUGGAUUGCAUCAGGACUUCUGCAAUGAGUGGCAAGAGACCCUCCGUAGCAUGGAGCGGGACCCCAUCACGGCCCUCCUCUCUGCCCAGAUCGCCCUCAUCCGGGAGGCCCACCCCAUCCUCAAGGGCAUCACGGGCGAAGCCUUCGAGAAAGACCACUGGAAGAUCCUCUUCGGCCUGCUGGGCUUCCCCAAGGACGUCACCCUGGAGAACCUCAAGUUCAAGCACUUCAUGGACAGACUCAGCACCGUCGUGGAGAAAGGCGAGCAGCUCAAGGAGCUGGCGGCUCGUGCCCUGGGCGAGGUCGUCAUCCGGGAUGCACUCCUGGAACUCACGGCCUGGAUCGACCAGGUAGGGAUGACUGACUGACUGCACCGAUGGGAGGGGUGCACGGAUGGGAGGGGCUGCCGUGGGGAGGCUGCCAAUGGCUCUCACCUGGUUGGUGUACAGGCUGAGUUGUCGCUGGUGGACCACGGUGCGUCUGACGGUGCCAUGGUGCCUUUGGUCAAGGACUGGAAGGACCUGCUGACCGCUGUGGCCGACAACCAGGCCAUGCUCUCCUCACUCAAGGAGUCAAGAUGGUUCCCACCAUUCAAAGACCAGGUCCCUACACACACACCAGCAGCACUAAGAGUAGAUGGCCACACGCCAUCGACGCAUACACAUGAUUGAUCCCCGCGUCUUGUCUGUCGUUCAGGUCCAGCGGUACGAGGAGAAGUUUGCCUCCCUCGACGAGAUAUUGCAUCUGCUCAACAAGAUACAGCGCAAGUGGGUGCACCUGGAGCCCAUCUUCGGCAGGGGCGCCAUGCCGCGCGAGACAGACAGGUUCGAGCGCGUCAACCAGGAGUACCGCAGACUCAUGCGCAACAUUGGCGCAGCCAAGCGCGUCAACCACCUCACCACCAUCGUCGGGCUCAAGGUAACUCCGUGUCGCGAGGAACAACACAACCGCCGGGGCAUUUACGCCUCCCUCCCCUGUUGUUUGGUCGUUCAGGACACGUUAGCAUCGAUGGUCGACCAGCUGGAGCGGUGCCAGCGCGCUUUGAACGAGUUCCUGGAGCAGAAGCGUACGGCCUUCCCGCGGUUCUACUUCAUCGGCGACGACGACCUGCUGGAGAUCCUGGGGCAGUCGGCCAACCCUGCCGUCAUCCAGUCCCACCUCAAGAAGCUCUUCGCCGGCAUCAACCGGGUGUCGUUCAACGAUGGCGAGCAGGGCGGCCAGGGCAAGGCCAUCCUCACCAUGCGGUCCAGCAUGCAGGAGGAGGUGCCGCUCAUCGUCCCGGUCCCGGUGGACGGCCCUGUGGAGCACUGGAUGAGCGACUUGGCCAACCAGAUGCAGACCACGCUGGCAGUGAGCCUCACGCAGGCCGUGCAGGAGUUUAGCAAGAGCAGCGAGCUCAACAUCUUCAAGUUCUCAUCGCAGGUGUGAGCGGAAAAACAGCAGAGAAUGCUGUCAUGUCACGUUCAUGGUGGUCCGUCGUCCCUCCCUGCGUGCAGAUUACGUGUCUGGCGUGGAGCAUCCUCUUCUGCCGUGACGUGGAGAGGUCGCUGGCGUCGGCCGGAGCACAGGGCAUCGUGACGCUCAAGCAGAAGCUGCAAGGCCAGCUGCAGGCCCUCACCAGCCACCCCAAGGGGGACCUCCUGCAGCAGGUCGGCACACACGCACACAGACACGGGAUGGAUGCUUUGACGAAUGAAUCGGCCGCUCCAUCUGUUGUGUGUGUGCAGGCCAACCUGAAGUCGCUUAUCCUUGACGUGAUCCACCACAUCGACGUGCUCGACCAGCUGCAGGAGUCUCGCACGGCGAGGGUCUCCGACUGGUACUGGUACAAGCAGCUGCGGUUCUACCUGCAGGACGACAAGGCCGGCGGCGGGGGGCAGACGAGACGCACCUGUUUCGGCAAGAUGCUCGAGUCGCAGCAGAUGUACACGUUCGAGUACCAGGGGAGCCCCCUUCGGCUGGUGCACACCCCCCUGACCGACAAGUGCUACCUCACCCUCAUGCACGGCAUGCACCUGGGCUAUGGCGGCAACCCCUACGGACCUGCAGGCACCGGCAAGACAGAGAGCGUCAAGGCACUCGGGGCAGCACUGGGCAGACAGGUGAGUGACUGAGGGGGGGAGUGGGGUAUGGGACGGGAUUGGUGGGCUGGUUCAUCCUCUCUCUCUCUCGCCCUCUCUGUCUCUCUCUCUCUCUGUGUGUGUGUGUGUGUAGGUGUUGGUGUUCAACUGCGACGAGGGCAUAGACUUCCAGUCGAUGGGCCGGAUCUUCAUCGGCCUGGUGCGCUGCGGGGCCUGGGGGUGCUUCGACGAGUUCAACCGGCUACUCGAGGAACAACUCUCAGCCGUCUCACAACAAAUACAGGUAGGGAGGUAUGCACACCACACUAACGCCACACGCAUGACUCACACGCGUCACGUCAACCAGGUGAUCCAAGCGGCCAUCAAGAACCGCGACAAGACAUUGGAGCUGCUGAGCCGUGAGGUGGAGGUGAACCACACGGCGGGCAUCUUCGUGACGCUCAACCCCGCCGGCAAGGGGUACGGCGGCCGGUCCAAGCUGCCCGACAACCUCAAGCAGCUCUUCAGACCCGUCGCCAUGUCCGUCCCGGACAACGAGCUCAUCGCCGAGGUCCUCCUCUUUGCCGAGGGAUUCCUCUCGGCCAAACGGCUUGGCAAGAAGAUCGUGACGCUCUUCCUCCUCUCCAAGCAGCUGCUCUCGCCACAGCAGCACUACGACUGGGGCCUCCGCGCACUCAAGACCAUUCUCACCGUAUCCGGGCAGCUGCUGCAGGUAAGAGCUGGCUGACACAGACAGAGAGGCCGGAAAUCCCAUAUGUGUGUGCAUCCAUCGAUCAGGCGAGUGUGAGGGAGCGCCAGCAGAGUGAUGGCGGUCGUCUGAGUGAGGAGAAAGAGUCGGUGCUGCUCAUCAAGGCCACCCGCAUCAACACCAUGUCCAAGCUCACCUUCGCCGACGCGCGUCUGUUCGAGGGUCUGCUGGCCGACAUGUUCCCCACCCUCUCUGUGAGCGACAUCGAGUACCCCGAGCUCAAGGACACCGUCAUGGCUGUCAUGAGCGAGCAGGGCAUCGUGCCCAUAGCGGGACAGGUGACCAAGAUCCUGCAGCUGCACGAGGCCUCGCGGCAGCGGAUGGGCGUCAUCAUUGUGGGCCCCUCGGGCUGCGGCAAGUCGCUCAUAUGGAAGACACUGCACCAGGCCUACAUCAAGUGAGCAACAGAGGCGCCUGCACGGCCGCAUCGAUCGAUGGUCGAAUGUUCCUCUGUGUGUGGUGUGGCCCACCCUGGGUGCACUGCAGGAUGUCCAAGGGUCUGCGAGUGCACGUAAUCAACCCCAAGUCGAUGCCCCGCGCCCAGCUGCUGGGGUCGAUGGACCCCGACACGAGGGAGUGGUCGGACGGCGUGCUGACAGCGUCGGCCAGGCAGGUCAUCAAGGAGCCGCCUGACGUCCACAGCUGGAUCGUCAUGGAUGGCGAUGUCGACCCGGAGUGGGUGGAGAGCCUCAACUCAGGUCGGCACCGCAGGCACGCCUGCUGUCUGAUCGUCCUCUGUGUAUUGCGUGGCGUGUGUGCGUUGCAGUGUUGGACGACAACCACUUGUUGACGCUGCCGAACGGCGAGCGGAUCUCGUUUGGCGACAAUGUGCACUUCCUCUUCGAAACACACGACCUCAGAUUUGCAUCGCCCGCGACCAUCAGCCGGUCGGUAUGUUUGGUUGGUUUGUGUGAAGGACUGACUUAACUUACUCAUGCAUGCCACGCGCGGUGGGUACCGUACCUCUGAGUGUGUGGGUAUGGUUCUGCUCGGCGUGUCAGGUGUGGGAUGCUCUUCCUGUCAGAGGAGGACGUCGACCUCAAGUGCCUCAUACACAGCUGGAUUCUCAAGCAGCCAGAGGACCACCAGAGGUACGCAACCACAACACAAAUGGGUCUGUCUGUCUACUCCCAAUACACACCUACCUGACUGAGUGUUGCCGUACGUAUGCAUCCUUCCUUGUGGCUGCAGCAAGCUGGAGUCGUGGUUCGACGAGCUCUUCUACCAGGCCCUCCAGUGGAUAUACGACAGAGUAAGAAAAGAGAGUGCCGCAACCAAGGCAAUGCAAUGCAUGGCAUUGCUGCAUCCUUUGUGUACCCUCUCAUCUGUGUCGCGUCCAUUCAGGGCCAGCCGUUCGCCGUGGAGACGACCAGGGUGGGCAUGGUGCGCAACGCUCUCUCACACCUCCCCGACCGCACCACAACGGCAUCCGACAUCCGCGACGCCGACGACGCCGGCGGCAAGCAGCCGGCAGAGCAGCCAACCAUCAGCCGCACCGACUUCGUCAUGGCGCUGCUGCGGGGUCUGGGGGGCAACCUCUUCCUCGACAAGAGGGCAGAGUUCGCCGUGCAGCUGUUCUCAUGGAGCGGCGAGCGGCCGCCAGACACGUCAGACCCCCUCAACUGCUGGGCCAACCCACACACCAAACGGCUGCAGCGUUUCGAUCCGUCGUCGCUUCGCAGCAGCAUCACGCUGGAUGCGCUUAAAGCGGCGCAGCUGCACUCGCUGCCGCCGCUGGUGCCCAACACGUGGUGCCUGCAGGAGAUGGAGAUCUUUCGCACCUGGCUCUUCAGGGGCGACCCCCUGCUGCUGGCCGGCCCUGAGGGCAGCGGCAAGAACCUGCUCAUCCGCUACGCUCUCACAGACCUGCAGAAGCAGCAAGUGGGGUCGGUGCACGUCGCCACGCUACACUGCAACGCGCAAACGUCAUCCACACACGUGCUGCAGAAGCUCAGGCAGGUCUGCACCGUGUCAACCGGCACACAGGUGACUGAGUGAGUGGUGGGGCGGGGCGGGUGGCAUUGCAGCCACUGAUAUGAAGUGAGCUGGUGUGGUGUGGUGUGGUGUGGUUCCUGUUGGCUGGACUGCAGGGUCGUGUGUACCGCCCGAAGGACUGCCAGAGGGUGGUAUUGUACUUGAAGGACGUCAACCUGCCCAAGCCCGACAUGUACGCCACCAGCCAGGUGAUCGCCUUCCUGCAGCAGUGCGUGACGCACCACGGCUUCUAUGACGAAGACCUAGAGUUCGUUCACCUUGACCACAUACAGGUGCGGUGGUGCGCACCGAUACAUGGAUGGAUGGAUGGAUGGAGGAGGAAUGUGUGUGUGCUUCCUUUCAGAUUGUGGCCUCGAUGGCUCCCGCGUCCACCCUCGGCCGCUACCCCCUCUCCACGCGCUUCACGGCCAACGUGCGGCUCGCCGCCGUCUCAUACCCCUCAAACGAAGAGCUCAAGUAGGUCCACACUCAUCACACACGACCCACGCAGCACGUGUUGUCAUGCAUGCCCUUUGUUCUCUGCUCUCAGGCAGGUGUUCAGCACGCUAUGUGGCGCUGCCCUGGGUGUGUCGGCCGACAUGGCGGACCGGCUGGCCGGCGCCAUGAUAUCCCUCUACGCCGCAGUGAGGGCCCAGUUCACCGUCGACGACCAGCCGCACUACCUCUUCACCCCACGCGACCUCACCAGAUGGCUCCUGGGUCUCAUGCGAUACGACGACGUCAACAGCAAGGCGGCGGGUGGUGACGGGUCCACCCUCCUGCACGCGUGGGCGUAUGAGGGGCGGCGCAUCUUCAGGGAUCGCAUCAACGGGGUGGACGGGCAGGCACGGUUCGACUCGCUGCUAUCGCAGGUGGUGCGGGGGAGCUUCCCCACUGCAGCCGGUGAGGAGGGCGGGCUGUACACGAGCCUGCUGACGACGGGCGCUGACGGGCACCCUACUGGAGAACUCACAGCCGUGCCGCAGAAAGGUGCCGGAACGAAGAGGAUGGGAUGCACGUCACGUCAGAUGGCUAUGCCAUGGUUGUGUGUUGUGUGUAUCAUGUAGAUUUCCGCGAGUUGAUCAAGCGUGGUCUGAUAGCGUACGAGCGAGAGGUCAAGGAGCGGCCGCUGAUCCUCUUCGACGAGAUGCUCCACCACCUUGCCAACAUGGACAGAGCCGCAUCAGCACCAGGUGAGUGCGAGAUCCGAUCCAUGCGCCACGUGGAAUGGAUUUCGUUGUGGCUCUCUUGUGUGUGACGAUUCGGCAACCAGGUUCCAGCCUCUUGCUGGUUGGCCGCAGCGGCAUUGGCCGUCGCGCCCUUGCAAGCCUCCUGGCGUACCUGCACCGAGUGCGGCUGGUCACCCCCGCCGUCACCCGCGACUACUCGAAUCGUGAGUUCCGUCGCGACCUGAAGGCGGUGCUGCAGUCGGCCGGUGUGGAGGGUGAGCGCAUCAUCUUCUUCAUGGAGGACCACCAGUUCCUGCAGCCCAGCUUCCUGGAGCUGCUCAACUCACUCAUAUCUGCCGGAGAGAUCCCUGGGCUGUGGACGCCUGAAGAGCUAGACCCCAUCUUGGGAUCCAUCAAGGUCAGAGAGAGAGAGAGAGAGAGCGGUCUUGCUGCACUGCACGGACAAGUGUGACCAUGUAAGAUCUUGUGUGCACGGUAUGGUGCGUGGCUGUCAGGACGAGUAUGCGGCGUCAUCGGGGCAGGCCCGGACGCUGUUUGACUUCUUCGUGGGGCGCAUCCGCGCCAAGCUGUGCAUCGUGCUUUCGAUGGACCCCACCCACCCGCACUUCCUCCUCAGCUGCGCCGCCAACCCCGCUCUCUAUGCCCACACCACCCUCCUCUGGGUCGACGACUGGAGUGCUGACGCACAGCGCCUCAUCUGCCAGAUCGUCCUGGGGGGCGGUGGUGGUGGUACUGCCACAGCAGCACGGCAGGAGGAGGGCGUGAGCAAGGGUAAGGGCAAGGGUGUGGUGAUCAAGCUGCUGAUGGACAUCCAUGGCAGCCAGGUGGCGAGUGGUGCGGCGCAGCCGCGUCAGCUGCUGACAUUGCUCAAGGCGUACCAGGGUGUGUUCCAGGCCAAGGACAACAGCCAGCACGGCCAGGCGUCCCACCUGCAGAAGGGGCUCAACAAGCUGCAGGAGGUCUCCAGGACCGUCGGAGAGCUGCAGGACCAGGCACACAAGAAAGAGGUGCGUGCGACGGGAGGGGGGGCGGAAGGGAGGGGAGGGGUGCUGCCCGUCCGGCCGUCCCUCCGUCCAUAUCUUCCUCUCCUCCCUGUGUGUGUGUGUGUGUGUGUGUGUGUCACGCUGUACAGAUCGAGUUGGCAGAGCAGCAAAAGCGGGCGCAGGAGGCGCUGCACAACAUCACCCAGGCCAUGCAGGCCGCAGCAGAGCGGCGGCAGGAGGUCGAGAAGCUGGAGAAGGAGACACAACAAGACGAAAAACACAACCUAGAGGUAUCCGUGACUGACGCAGAAGACGGACACACACACAAAUGAAAUGCGAUGUCAUGUCGUCUGUUGGUUGGCCUGCACUGCAGGAGAAGGGCAAGAUAGAGGAGCAGCUGUCGACCAUCCAGCCGCUCAUCGACCAGGCCAAGAAGGCCGUCGGCAGCAUCAGCCCCUCGCAGCUCAACGAGAUCAAGUCCCUCAAGAUGCCCCCGGAGCCCAUCCACGACGUCCUCUCGGGAGUCCUGCGCCUCAUGGGCUCCUACGACUGCUCGUGGGCAUCCAUGAAGAGGUUCCUCGGCGAGCGCGGCAUCAUCACACGCAUCCUCAACUUCGACGCGCGGGACAUCUUACCAGAGAUCAGAGCUGACGUGGAGCGGCUCCUCGCCGAGAAGGCCAACUCGUUCGAGCACUCGGUCAUCUACCGGACGUCUGUGGCAGCGGCACCGCUGGCGUCUUGGGUGGUCGCCAAUGUGCGGUACUCGGCAGUGCUGGAGAAGGUGGCACCCAUGGAGUGGCAGCUCGACACGGCGUCGAGGUCGCUAGAGAGGGCACGAAAGAGGUAGGUGGGGGCAGACAAGGGAAGGAAGGGGCGGCAUCAUGGCUGUUACUCACUGUUGGUGUCAACGUGUCUAGGGUGGUUGAGUGCAAGGAGGAGCUCGAGUCGAUCGACCAACAAGUCAUCGAACUGAAAAACGAAUUCGCAAACAGAACCAAAGAGGUACGUCGCAGGGAAAAUGGACGAACCGGACCGGUGGUCUCACCACUCAGCCGAGCUCACCCCUUCCCUGCCUCGCCUCCCCUCCCCUCCCUCUUAUCACUCAGGCUGAGCGGCUGAAGGUGGACCUGGAGCACGCCCAGAAGACCCUCGAGAAGGCCCAGGCGCUGCUCUCAAAACUCUCCGGCGAGAAGGAACGGUGGGACCGCCAGGUGCGCGAGCUCGACCGUGCCGGUCACCUGCUGCCGCUCAACGCAGCACUGGCGGCCGGCUACUGCACCUACCUCGGCCCGCAGCCCGAAGACCGGCGGCUGAAGUGCAAGCAGCAUUGGGAGGAGCUGGCCAAGGAUGCGGGCGGCAAGGCUGGCGGCUUCCAGCAGUUUGAUUUCCUGCGGUUCAUGUCGACGGAGUCUGAGCUGCUGACGUACAAGGGGGAGGGGCUGCCGUCCGACCAGCUGUCGAUGGAGAACGGCCUGGUCAUCCUCAACUCAUCCACCACCAUGUGGCCCUUCAUCGUCGACCCAAACACACAGGCGGUGGUGUGGCUGCAGCACCGGCUGGGCAGCAAGGGCACCGAGACGGUCCUGCUGCAGGACGCCAAGUUCAUCACCACACUCGAGCUGUCGGUGCGAUUCGGCAAGACGCUCGUCGUGCAGGAGGCGGACACCGUCGAGCCCUUCCUCUUCCCCCUCCUUCGGAGGGACCUCACCAACCAGGUCAGCAACACGCAAACUCCCAUAGACCCAUGCUCUAUGGUCUUUUCGCGAUGGAUGCUCCGCUGUGCUGCAGGGUCCUCGUAAGGUGGUCCAGGUUGGCGAGAAGACGAUCGACUACAACGACGGGUUCCAGCUGUACCUGUGCACGCGCAACGCCGCCUCGGCCAAGGCCCUGCCGCCCAACGCUGCGUCGCUCGUGACGUUCGUCAACUUCUCGACGACCCGAGCUGGUCUGGAGGGUCAGCUGCUGGGUGUGACCAUCCAGCACGAGCAGCCACAGCUGGAGGAGCGCAAGAGCCAGCUGCUGCAGAAGGAGGAACACCUCAAGCUGCAGCUUGCAGACCUGGAGAAGCAGCUGCUGCAGGUCAGUCAGCAAACGGAUGGAUCUGGUCACAUAUGCACUGCACAUAUGUAUGGGUCGUGUCAUGUGUGUAUGUCGGUCUGUGUCUGUGCUGCCUGCAGGAGUUGGCCGACUCGUCUGGAGCGAUUCUGGAGAACCAGAGUCUGAUCAGCUCGCUCAACGAGACCAAGGCUAAGAGCCAGACCAUCGCGGAGGCGCUCGAGGAGUCCCACAACCUCCAGGUCAACCAUCUGCAAUGGCUUCGCAGGACCAACACAUCCACACCCACCCAUCCACCCACCCACACAUUCAUGUCGAUGUCUGUGCAUUCAUUGGUGCAGAUGUCGCUAGAUGAGCAACGCGAAGUCUAUCGCCCUUUGGCCGUCCUGGGCUCUCGGUUCUUCAUCCUCCUCAAGGACCUCUCCCGGCUGGACCACAUGUACCAGUUCUCACUCAGCUCAUUCAUCGGCCUCUUCAAAAAGGCCCUCGACAGGGGCACACGUAAGGAGGGCUCGGCCGCCGCGGAGCUCCUGCGGCUGCUCGGCGACCAGCUCAAGGUCCUCGUCCUCAACUACGUCUCCAGGUAGACAGACACAGCCCUCACUCCCCGCAUGCGUACUGACUGACUGCCUUUGUUAAUGAGUGCUGCAAUGCAUCGAAUUGCAUUCUAUCUAGGUCGUUGUUCAAGAAGGAUCGUCUCACAUUCGGCCUCCACAUUGUCCGCGGGCUGCACGCUGAUCUUUUCCUCGACAACGACGCAGACUGGAGCCUCUUCCAAGGCGUCACCCUCCCCGCCGCCGCAGCAGCAGCAGCAGGCGGGCGAGGGGGCGGCGAGCCCGCGGCACUCUCGUGGGUGCCGCAGGAGCGGCAGGACGCCCUCAUGAGGCUGCGGGGCGUGUUCUCUACCAGCAAGGGGGGUGAGGAGGUGUGGGGGCUGAGCGACGAGGGCAUGUGGGGGGCGUGGAUGACGAGCGACAAGCCGGAGGAGAAGUUCCCACAGCAGGUGCUCGCCCGCAUGACCCCCUUCAGCCGAGUGCUGCUGAUCCAGGCACUCAGGCCAGACAGACUCGAGAGCGCACUGCAUCGGUCAGCCAGGCACAGGACAGACAGGGACAACCACGGACGCUGCAUACGUAUGUAUCUUCCCUUCCUGUUCCUUUGUUUCCUUCCUUCAGGUUCAUCUGUGAGUCACUGGGCCUUCGAUCGAUCUCCCCCGCCCCCCUGUCCCUCCCGCGUCUGUAUGCGGAGGAGAGCGGCCCAGCGCAGCCCAUCCUGUUCGUCACCACCCCAGGUGCCGACCCCAGCAGGGAACUCGAGGACUUUGCCAAGGCCUACCGGGCCGACGAUGGGUCCAAAGUCGAGCUCAAGUCGCUUGCCAUGGGAGGCGGGCAGAACCAAGACGCAAUCGACCUCCUCAGGUGGGCCGGGCCCGGUGUGCUGUGGUGUGGCCCAUGGUGCAUGCGAUGCGUCCAUUCCAGGGAAGAAUGACACGUAUCAUCAUAUCUCUUUCUGUGUGUGGGCGUGGCGUGGCGUGGGGUGUUCGUCUCAGGGAGGCGGCGCGUCAGGGGUGGUGGGUGUGCCUGAAGAACCUGCAUCUGGUGACCCCCUGGCUGCCGCUGCUAGAGAAGGAGCUCAAGACCCUGGCCGCCCUCCCGCCCCACCCCCACUUCCGCUGCUGGCUCACCACCGAGCCACACCUGCGCUUCCCGCCAAUACUGCUCGAGUCCUCCCUCAAGAUCACUUACGAGGCGCCCCCAGGCAUCAAAAAGAACCUCCUGCGCACGCUCGAGGCCUGGAACGACCCGUAUUUCGGCAAGGGGGAGCAGCUGCUGCGCGCGCAGCUGCUGUUUGUGUGUGCGCACUUCCAUGCGGUGGUGCAGGAGCGCCGCAGCUUCAUCCCGCAGGGGUGGACCAAGUUCUACGAGUUCUCGUCUGCAGACCUCCAGUCGGCGUGCGAGACCGUCAUAGGGCUGGUGGAGGCCUCUGCUGCUGCUGCUGCUGGUGGUGGGCAGGGGGCUGCCAUCGACUGGCCCACCAUCAGGGGGGUCUUUGAGUUCGCCGUCUACGGCUCACGUGUGGACAAUGACUUCGACCUUAGACUGGUGUUCGAGUACCUGCAAAUAUUCUUCAGGUGGUCGGGACGAAAUGGGACAGAAACAUGUACGGCAAUGGAUGGAUCUUCUGGUCCUCGUCCCAUUGAUGCAGACCCGACGUGUUGGAUGCCCGUCGUGGCGGCCAGGGUGCUACUGGAGGUCCGAUUCCCGUGCCGCCGUUCCCCCUCCCCCAGUCAGUGAGGCUGUCGGACUAUCGUAAGGGCGUCGAGGGGCUCGCCGACCACGACGCGCCAAACGCAUUCGGACUGCCGGCCAAUGUAGACAGGUGGGUGAAUGGAUGGAUGGGGGCACAAGGGCAACAGAAUGGAUAAAAUGUGGCUGUGUGCGUGUUCAGGGCUGUCCAGCGCGUCAACUCCGAGGCGGUGAUCCACUCGCUCAAGCAGAUCGAGGCGGGUGCGGUGGCGGGGGAGCUCGACGUGGGCAGCCUCCACCUCAAGGGCAUGGGCCAGCAGCUGCACCCCUUCUUCGCCACUUGGGAGGGCGCCACACAACCGCUGGCGCUCAAAAAGGGUGGCGGAGCCCAAGACCUGCCUGCAGCUGCGUCCGCGUCGGCCGACCUGCCGCCUGUGGAGAGCUUCGUCCUGAAUGAUACGCAUCAGGCGAUGGAGCUGGUGCACAAGGUGGAUGGGGCGCUGAGGGCCAUGCAGAGGGUGGUCAGUGGGGCAGCCCUCCUCACACCCACCAUCCUACGCGAAGCGCAAGUGGGAACCCGCACAGACAGGCAGACAGGCAGGUGUUGUUCAACCGGGUGUGCAUCUCUGUCAAGUAUGUGUGUGUGUGUGUGUGUGUGAUUCAUAUAUUCAGCAUUUGUUGCGCGGCAGUGUGCCUGAGAGCUGGACACUGACGUGGCCAGCCGCCCCGUCGUCGCCCAUCCCCUUCCUCAACGAACUCGCCAGGAAAGCGCACCUACUCAAGGUGGGGGACCACACCACACGUGAGGGUGUUUCGACGUGUAUUCUCUGUGGAUGUGUGUGUGUAUCCUCCGUAUACAUAUGUGUGUCAGAGCGUGUACAGUCCUCGUGCGACGGAGGGGUCGAUAUUGCGGCAGCCCGUCAACCUGGCUGACUUCCUCCACCCUGAAGUGUUCCUCAAUGCACUCAGGCAACAGGUGAGUCAGUGAGUGAGUGACCAAGGAGACGGAGGGAGGGAGGGAGGGAGGGAGCACCGCAGCCACACAUGCGCGACACGACCAGAGGCGUCUAUACGUCUUGGUUGUUUGUUGUGUUUGUGCGUGCAGACGGCGCGGUUGAGUGGUCAGGCGGUCGACAGUCUUCGCCUCUUCACCUCCUUCGGCCCGCUGUCCAUGCAGGUACACACAGACGGGGGCAUCGCAUCGCAUCGAUGAUGCUCCCCGACCAAUGCGGAUCAACUGCUCUUUGGCUGUGUUGUGCAUGUUGUGUGUCAGGGUGCUGUGUCUGUGGAGGGCCUCUACCUCGAGGGCUGCAGCUUCAACCCAUCAUCAGGUACACACACACCAAGACACACACACACACACACACCAUCAAGCGCGACAACAGCGCCCAGGUGUUCGAUGUCGGUCCGAUGGUCUGAUUCACGCAGCCCUUCUGGAGAGCAGCUCUCGUGACGCCCCCCAGCUGACGCGCCUCCCGCCCCUCAGCAUGGGGUGGGUGCCCGCAUCAUCGUCUGCCGACGAGAGGCCUUCGUCGAGGCCUCCCAGUGCACCGCCAGGGGGCGGGGCGAAGACCACCGUGAGUAUGCCGGUGUACGUGUCGCUGUCCAGGGAGUUCUUCCUGUGCGCGGUGAGGCUGACCAGACAGACUGAGUGAGUGCACAUCUCGGUGUGGCAAUGCGUUGCGUCGCGUGUCGUGUGGUGUGAUGUGAUGUGUGUGUAUUGCUUGCAGGUUGACAUGCCGACAGACAGCCGCCAGCACCGCAUCCUCAAUUCUUGUGCGGUCUUCCUGUCCGAACACUAAUAUGUAGCCAUGUAUGUAUGUGGCGUGUGUCAUGUUGUCAUGUGUGUGUGCAUACGUGUGUGUACGACACCAGUUGACCGACCUGUACAUAUUCUGCUCUACAUACUUGUACAUGCCGUCCCACAAUGAAUCAAUCAC